AUCAGCUACGUAUUCUUUGUUCGUGGAUCCUCAGGUGGAUGACAUUUUCUUCUUAGUCUGAAAGAGUUCUUCAAGCUGAUACGUUUCCACGACACUUUCCUCUGCGGUGAGCGGGAGACGGACCGACAGAGAGUCUUGCUGGAGAUGGAGACGGAGAGAGCAGGAGCAGAUGGAGAUGACACGAGUGGCUCAGAACCAGCUGUUGUCUUUGGUACACCUCUCCAUCCUGAUCACCAGAGGUCACUGUCUUCUGAAUCUGACUGGAGAGAAACUAGCCACACACAGUCAGAUUCCAACUCUGUUGAGAAUCCAAACGUUGAUAUUAAAGAGGAGACAGAUGAUGCUGAUGACAAAUCCCUAAUCUGUGCUAGAUGUGGGAGGAUAUGCUCUUCAAAGGCUGGACUGACUCAACACAGCAAAACCUGCGGCCGUGGACCUUUGACUUGUUUGCUUUGUGGGAAUCAUUUUGAGACAAGACAGAAUCUGAGGAACCACAUGAGGAUUCACUCUCAAGAAAAACCUUUCAUUUGCUCCCAGUGUGGAAAAUGUUUUUCACAGAAAAGCACCAUGAAUAUUCACAUGAGAGUUCACACUGGAGAAAAACCUUUCAACUGCUCUCACUGUGGAAAAUCUUUUUCACUGAAAUAUCACCUGAGGACGCACAUGAGAAUGCAUACUGGAGAAAAACCUUUCAUCUGCUCCCAAUGUGGAAAAUGUUUCUCACUGAAAGAUGCUCUGAAUGCUCACAUGAGGAUUCACACUGGUGAAAAACCUUUUAUCUGCUGUCACUGUGGUGUAUGUUUUGCGCGGCGAUACAGUCUUGUGCAUCAUAUGAGAGUACACAAUGAAGGAAAACCUUUUACCUGCACCCAGUGCGGUAAAAGUUUUUCACACAAAGGCACCCUAAAUAGUCACAUGAGAGUUCACACUGGAGAAAAACCCUUCAUCUGCUCCCAGUGUGGAAAAAGUUUUACACUGAGAAGCUCCAUGAAUAAUCAUAUGAUGGUUCACACUGGAGAAAAGCCUUUCAUCUGCUUCCAAUGUGGAAAAUGUUUUUCAAUGAAAGGUAACCUGAAGACACACAUGAGAAUUCACACUGGAGAAAAACCUUUCAUCUGCUCCAUUUGUGGAAAAGGUUUUUCCCAGAAUAGCGACCUGACUACACACAUGAGAGUUCACACAGAAGAAAAACCUUUUAUCUGCUCCCUAUGUGGAAAAGGUUUUUCACAUAAAGGCGCUCUAAAGGAUCACAUAAGGGUUCACACUGGUGAAAAACCUUUCAACUGUUCUCAGUGUGGGCAAUGUUUUUCUUUAAAAGGAAACAUGAAUAGACACAUGAAAACUCACAUUGAAAAAGAAUGAAGUUAAAAUGUCACUUGAAGAAUCAUGUAAGUGUGUUAAAUGUUGAUUAUUCUGACCAAGGAGAAAGCAUUCUUGUGUGUUGUUGCUGAUUUUCAGUCAACUACUCCAAACACACAAAGUGACUUUUUCAAUUCACAGAAAUAUAUAAAUACAUGUAGUUUAAUCAAAUCGAAUUCUUUGUGAUGGACUCUCUUGAAGUUUCACAGUAAUACUGCAGAGCAAGCAUGGAUACCAACAAGAAUUGACAUGGAAUUCCCGCAAGUAAUGGUAUGAUGUGACUAUUUUUUUGUUGAGAUAAAGAAACUUGAUUCUAAAAUGAUAUCCGGUUGUCACUGAAGACCCAACAAAUGUUUUGAGUUUUUUUUUUUUUUUUUUUACAACUUAAUUCUUCUUCAAAAGAGUAUUAUCAGAAGCUGUGCUUUUGACCCCCAAGAACAAGUGGUUUGAAGGGUUUACGCAUUUAUUUUUUUCUUUAUUGGCUCAUUCUAUGGAUUUCAUGCUGACAGUAGCACUAUGUUUAUUCAAGCAGCAUCACUAAUUUUCAAAUCACCUUUUGUGUUGGUUCUCAUAGGUUUGAUGUUAAAUAGCCAUGACACAGUGUUCUCCCUAAUGAUUCUUUCAAUGGCGCUCUUCACUUAACAAUGUUGCCUUUGCGAUCAACCAGGAGGAAAUGAGUCUUCACUGCGGCCGACACAUGACCACCCGACUGCUUGUCAGUUUUGGGCCAGACACAGAACUUCUAUGUGAAGCCUUGUUGACACGGAGACGAGAGCUGUGUAUUGGCAGGGGUCUUGCAUUGUGAUACAGGAGUAGUGAUACGGUACAUUGCUAUAUGUUGUCGAAAGAGCCAUCAUUUUAAAAUCAGAUAAUGCAGUUCAACAUCAUGUGUGUAUUGUGAUGACGUCAGUCCAGUUAUAUUUUCAAUUAAAUUUUGCACUGAGGCAUGAAUCCCUCUCUUGAACAACAAAAUAACUGUGCAAAAAGAGCAGCAGCAUAUCCAAGUGUCUAUGUAUUAAAUCUUCUUCUUCUUAAGUUCUUGCAGACUUAAAUUAUCAAGACAAUAUCAUGCCUCCAAGUAAUGCGAUAUUUAUGCAUUUUCUUAUUCUCAUAUUUUCUUCCUAAAUGUCUGAAGAUAUGCGAUAUGACAACAUUAAAUCACGAGUUACAGAUCUAUGAUGAUGCGCUGUCUCUCACUUGCAUAGAGAAUUGCACACCUGCCACUCAGCCGGUCAGAAGGUCAAAGAGAUGUUUCUGAACCUGAUGUGCCUCUAACUCGACCUGAACC